AUGCUUGCGGCACUAUGCACAAUGGCUGCUUCUUUUUCAACUCCCGUUGCUGCAGUUGAGGAAGAAGAGGAAGAUGAUAUUUUCGCACGGCUUUCAGGAAAUUGGAGUGUUUUUUGGCUUGCCGGGCAGCAACCGCGGCGGACUGUGUUUGUAGCAGAGAUCUCAAGAGGUAUUGUAGAAUUGCGAGAAGAGGCGCCAAUUGGUGUUAUGACAUCUUUUGUGGACUCCGUCGUCUCGCUGUUUCGUCCCUCAGAUGAUGAGAGUGAGAUGCCGCAGUCGCAGUGUGUGUCAACCGCAUGGCUUCGAGAUGAUAGGCAUGUUGUGAGUGUACACUACUCAGCGGUUAAUAAUGGCAUUUAUCUUUCGGGUUGCUCGGAAGAAGUUAUUCCGCUGCCCUCGUACCGAACAGAAAAAAAUCUCGGUCUCGUACUGGAAGCCCCGCGUGCAGUGUAUUUUCCUGUUAACGGUGUCUGCACUCCGGCUUCCUUUACUAUUAAAGGUUAUUGGGUGGAGCAGUUGCGUAAAAAUGUGUUUCUCAUGGUACUUAUGUUUCAUGAUGGAACUCACGAUUGUAGUCUCGUUUUCCAAUUUAUUAAACAAAUAUCGGAUAAAAAGGAGUCAUUCUCAGUUUUAUGGACUUUUCUACUAUUGAUAAUAGUUUCAUUGGUUAAAUUUAUUCCUCGUUUUUAUUUAAAGAAAACGGGAAGAAUUAUAGGCGACAAGAGCUUUGUAAGAUCACAGCGGUACGUUCUUUCUGAAGCCAGAAGAAAUCAACUCAUUCAAAAACAAGAGGAAAUAAUUCGCCGCAUGAAGGAAGAAGAUGGGAAGUCACAGGGAGCGAUAUGA